AUGGAUUACCGACACGUUGCGCCGGAAUUUCGACAAGUUGCCCUAAUGAUACAGAUUUCGCUCGUGGGAUGCGCCAUUGCCUACGUAACUUGGCAAUCAGUCCUGAUCUUCGGAUCUGGCGGGAGCCCUCCAGUAGAAAUCUCCGUUGAGCCUUGGCGCGACUUCGGACUGUGGGCGGUGUGCGUGAGACCAGUGUAUCCAGACGUUUACGUUGGUGAUGCUGGCGUGGGAGUUUAUGAUCUCCCCGCGUACACGGGUCAAGGGGUGCCGAAUCCAGCGGGUUUGAGCGCAAAGUCAAGCAAGCUGGCUUCGCAGAUGUACCCUGAAACAGUUCAGUUCGACCAGCGACCAGCCAAUUGCGCAAUAGCAGAUAUGACGGAUCUCCCGGACAUGAAGUUCCCAGGCAAAUUCACCUUUUGUUCAACUGUUCCGUCUGGAUGGUUGCUGGUGAGGUCUUUCACUGGUUGGCAGUACUUUUCAAAUUUCGGUGGCAAUGACUACGCGAUCCUCAAGCUUCAGGCAAGAAAGCAUGGCUCAGAUUUCGGCUACCACAGUGCGACAUCACAAAUAUUCAGCACCACUAGAGUAGUGUACUGGCACGAUGCCGGCAAUGAUGCGAAGCAUUACGUGGAGUAUGACCACCUCGGACAGCUUUGCAGUAUGACGACGAUUAAGUCGACAGAGACACAAGUCGCAGCCAUCAGUGCCUUGACAGUUCUCGUUGAAGACCCUAUGCUCACAGUUACCACAGAGCUUGGAGUUUUCCCACAGCUAGUCAGGCUUGCGACCAGUCUCGGCGGGUUCCUCUACAUUGCUGUCCUGGUAUUUACAACGAUCUUCGUCAAGCAGUUCCCACACAGUGACAUUGCCCAGACAUAUGAUAGGCGCACGUUGUUUGGCAACCGGUCAUCAGGUAACAGACCAUCGGACCUGCAAGAGUCAGGUAGCCAAGCUGAAAACGGCAAUGCCUUCAGCUCUGCGACCAGUACUGCAAAACAAGCGGAAACUGCGCAAACCAUAGGCUUGGUGCGAGAGCAUAGCCAGCGAAUGCCGGAGCUUCCGCCUCCUGGUAUUGCGAUCACUCCGGAGACCGGCGUGAAGUUUGAAGAUGUCGCCGGAAUCGACGAGGCCAAGGAGGAGCUCAUGGAGAUCGUGGAUUUUCUGAAAGCGCCGGAGAGGUUCGUGAAGGUGGGCGCGAAGAUCCCACGCGGCGUGCUGCUGACCGGCCCACCGGGCACCGGUAAGAUCUACAAGUGCCAAUGCUCUGAGACCUUGUUCUUGGUCCUGCUCCCGGACGAGAACGAGAAUGGCAGCUUCUUGUGGCCGAUGUCGGUGAACUCCUUUCAGGUCGGUCUUCUGCUUCGGAGUUCAUCGAACUCUUCGUCGGGGUGGGUGCCUCGCGGGUGCGCGACAUCUUUAAGCAGGCAAAGGAGAAGGCGCCCUGCAUCGUUUUCAUCGAUGAGAUUGAUGCCAUCGGAAGACAGCGCGGUGCUGGCAUGGGCGGCGGCAAUGACGAGCGAGAGCAGACGCUGA